AAAGACGUAUUGCGACCAGGAGAGUCGUACCUCGUCUCGUACCACAAGGAGAAAGAGAGAUCGAGGCCCAAUGUUAACAAAGCAAACUAUUCGGUGCUGUCAGUACUUUUACGAAAUUCCGACCAUAUUAUCUUUUGUGUGCUCAUAGUGUUUUCGGUGGUUGAACCAGUCGAUUGUACCCUUGUUUUCUUACAGUACCACUACCUAAAGAAACAUGUUAUUGAAGCCCUUAGACGAUUCCUUAAGGCCAAUAAGCAAAUGUUAGGUUAAGGUAAAACACCAAAGUUAUGAACCACAGCUCUAGUCUGGCAAAUCAACUCUCAGGAAGACCAGCACCAUGUCCGCUAGUCCGUCUUGGACCGAAUAACUGCAGCACAGACGAAACCAACUCGUCUACAGAUGGAGGAGAUAAUAAUAAUAAGUACCAGUAUGAGAAAUACACUCAUCAAAACGAGUGUAGUUUUUCCAAUAAACAUCCAACAUCAGCUACUUCAUGCCAGACCAAGAGACACCAACAACGUUCCGAUGUGCCGUAUGAGUACAUGCAAAACUAUUAUGAACAAUCGCAGUCCUACUUAAGUGAAGAACAAGAGUACGAACAAAAAUCUGAGCAUAGUUCUUUAGCAACCACAAGCUUAAAAUACGCCAAAGGGCCUAUAGAUCUUUCGUCCUUAUGCCUUGGCUCCCCGUACUGGGAAAAUGAUGAAUAUUACAGCAAAAAAACUCCCAGCGAAAAUUCUUCUCAGUAUUACUUAUCUCAAAAUCAGACCCAAACCGAGUCCGGAUAUUUGUUUGAAAAUUUUGGCAAAAACAGACCAUCUAGUCCCGUUUUGGAUCAAGGCUAUGCCACUUUAAUAGCACCCAGCUUCACCGCCAGUUUAUGGAAUAAUGAAAACAUUUAUAAAGGAAAAAAGUUACAUUUAAAUAACUCAUUUGAUAAGCUAUCAGAUGAUUUGGUGCUAAGAAUCUUCAAUUUUUUAAACAGUAUAGAUUUAAGUAAUUGUGCACAGGUGUGUAGGCGGUUUGAUAAUCUCGUUUGGACUCCUUGUCUGUGGAGAGUGAUCACUAUAGACGGAGAAAAAGUGAGUGGCGAUAGAGCGAUAAAAGGGGUGCUAAGGCAGCUAUGUGGGCAAGGGAGGACAGGUGCUUGUCCUAGUGUCGAGAAGAUUUAUGUUACAAAUGGAGCUAGUUUAUCUGAUAAAACGUUGUUGCUGCUAGCUAAAAGGUGUCCAGAGUUGACUUAUUUACAAUUGCAGGGGUGUACGAAUAUUACUAACAAUGCUUUAUUCGAGAUUACUACAAGGUGUAGUAAUUUGCAACAUUUAGAUUUGACUGGCUGCAUUAAAAUCUCCUGUAUAAGCGUAAACUCGAUACCAGACGUUACUAGGCGUAUGCAGCUUCAGUAUUUAGAUUUGACAGAUUGUGUGGUAAUCCAAGAUGGCGGGCUGUGGAUUAUUGUGCAAAAUUGUCCUCAACUGGGUUACCUUUAUUUAAGGAGAUGCAUACAAAUAACAGAUGGAGGUAUAAAAUACUUACCGAGUUUCUGCUCUGGUCUUCGAGAACUAAGUGUAAGUGACUGUUCGAACGUAACAGAUUUCGGCCUGUACGAAUUAGCAAAACUGGGCCCUUCGCUACGGUACCUUUCAGUAGCGAAAUGCGACCAAGUAAGUGAUGCAGGCCUAAAAGUGAUUGCAAAAAAAUGUUAUAAAUUGCGCUACUUGAACGCCAGGGGAUGCGAAGCGGUCUCAGACGAUGCAAUAACUGUUCUGGCAAGAUCUUGUACUAGAUUAAGGGCUUUAGAUGUAGGUAAAUGUGAUGUCAGCGAUGCAGGGCUGAGAGCCCUCGCUGAAAGUUGUCCCAACCUAAAAAAAUUAAGCUUAAGAAAUUGCGAACUAGUUACUGAUCGUGGUGUUCAAUAUGUGGCAUAUUACUGUAGGGGCUUACAACAAUUAAAUAUACAAGAUUGCCAGAUUUCUUUGGAAGGGUACAGGGCUGUUAAGAAAUAUUGUAAGAGAUGUGUGAUUGAACAUACCAAUCCUGGUUUUUUUUAGGUAAACUUUUAUAUACAUAUAAUGCUAUUUUUCAAUAUGGAUUUUUGUUAUAUUUAUUUUGUAAAUGUGUAUAUCUCUUUUAUUUAAUAUAAUAAUAUAAUUUUUUAUUA